AUGAAUUUCUUCAAGAAGAACACUCCUGUGACUAAAAGGGACGAUCUCAUCACGGUAUCAAAGCCGUUUGAAUGCCCUGCGUCUAUCGAGCACCAGGGACCAAAAGAAAUUGGGCCUGAAGACCAGGUCAAGUACGACGAGAUCUUGGCUCAUUUCCAAGAUUCUAGCUUGGAAAUCAAUGUCACUGAAGAUGGCCAAAGCGGUGGAAAAAAGCCGCUAACCACCAAUGAAAAGUUCUGGCUCACAAGAGAAUGCAUCUUGAGAUAUCUCAGGGCCACAAAGGGUGAUCCUGAAAAGGCCAUUGAAAGAUUGGAAUACACACUGGCUUGGAGACGAGAGUUUGGUUUGUCAGGGGAUCACGAGGUUUUCACGGCAGAGUCGAUAAGUCACGAGAACAAAACUGGUAAGCAGGUUGUUCUUGGAUUUGAUAAGAGUUCAAGACCACUGUUGUACUUCAAGCCUGGUCGCCAGAAUACAAAGGCAUCCAUCAAACAGGUUCAGUCCACAGUGUGGUUCCUCGAGAGAACAAUAGAUUUGAUGCCACAAGGCGAGGAGAACCUCUGUCUCUUGAUUGAUUUUAAAUCCCAUAAAGUUGAAGGUGAGACCUCCAAGAUUCCCUCAAUUCAUUUAGCAAAACAGGUGCUUCACAUCUUACAAUCGCAUUACCCAGAAAGGUUGGGCAAAGCACUCUUUAUCAACUUGCCCUUUGUUGCGCUGACUUUCUUGAAGCUGAUCACGCCGUUCUUGGAUCCAGUUACAAAGGAAAAACUGGUUUUCGAUACUGAUUUUAAUACUGUUGUGGACGAUGACGAGCUGGACAGUGAAUACAAUGGAAGGCUACAAUUUGAGUAUGAUCACGAGGUAUAUUAUCCUGCACUUAUAGAGGUGACUGAUAAAGUUAGACAGCGUAUGUGUUCAAGGUUUGGACUUUUUGGGUCAGCAGUUGGCUCAAGUGAAUAUGAUUUGAAAAGUGACAAGGAAAAGUUAGAAUUUCCAGUUAAGCCAUUGGCAGCAACUACAUAA